AAUAUAAUCUUGAUCUUGACAUCUGUUAAUUUUGGUUUUGGGUUUCUCGUUUCUUCUUCUUUUCUUGUUAUUUUUGGGUGAUAGUGAAUACAUGAACAUGGUUUAUGGAAUUUAGUAAUUUAAUCUAAAAUAUUAUAGCGAUUUUAGUUAAAAAUGUCUGGACCACAAAAAUUGGACCAGAAUGCGACCAGCGUUUGGGUGAAUUUCUUCACUACGGCGGGCAUACCUUCGGAUGUGUCGGCCACCUACGCCCUUACCUUCACAGAGAACAGGAUUCAGGCUGAUAUGCUGCUCGAUCUGAACAAGGAGUACCUCAGAGACAUGGGUAUUACACGGAUGGGGGAUAUCAUUGCCAUAUUACGUCAUGCAAAGCAAGUGCACGAGAGCACGGCGCGGGACAGAGUGCUGAGCUCAGCGGUGGUUAGCAAGGUGCCAGUGGCUGCUGUCACUGGGCGCUCCACCUCCUCACAGCCCUCUUCACCCGUGAGCCGCAUGCUGGAGCACUACACACGUAACACGCAGACAGCGGACACGUCGCCCGUGCGCUCGCCGCCCAAGCGGAGAUCCAAUGAGAUGGCACCAGAUGAAGUGACCGUCAAGAAAUCACGUUUAAUUCGGUUUGGUUCUCCAGCACCACCUAGCAUUGCAAAAAUUGCACAAAAAGAAGCGCCAACCAGCAAGACAGUGUUCGCACGUCUUGGAAACUCAGAUCCGAUACUGCAGAAGUCUCUCGUCGUCCAAAAACCGGCUCCCAAGCAGGUCUUCUCCAGAUUGGGGUCCAAGGAUAGACAGGAAGGAGCCAAAGAUAUAGUGGUGGUGGAAAAGGAUGCCCUCAAAUACGAAGGCAUACUGAAAAGCGUGCCGGUCGCCAAGAAGAUGUUCACAGUAACAACCAGUAUGAACAAUGUUAGGAAGAUCGCUGUGGGCACUAUGAGAGCAGAUGAACAACCAAUGAGCGUUAAGGAAAAGCUUGCCAUAGUGAAAACCAAAGUUCCCAUCAAAGAGAAAGUAGCUUUAGCCAAAGCACCCAACAAGUCUGUGAAAUUCUCCAACCAUGUGGAGUACAAAGAAAUAGAACCCUUAAAAAUUGAACCCCCAAAGUUCACUAACGUUUUCAAUAAGCCCGAAAGGAGGUUGUCUAUGCCUGAACCUAACAAUGUCAAAGCUAGACUCGGCUCGAAGAAUGAAGGUACUCUAAAAAAGUUUACAAUAAAUCAGGGUGUGUUCAAUAGAUUGGGUGUUUGAUGGUGUAGAUGUUUUCUCUCAUGUGAAGUUAUGAAGAAACUAAAUCACGGGCUGCGGCCUUGCCUCUAAUAACUUAGCAACAAAUGAGGUUUAAUUAAACGGCAAAUGCUUCAUUCAUCAUCUCAGACCAAUUAUAGAAGGACCAGUAUCGCACCCAAAUUCACAAACAAAAUUGUUUGUCAUUUACUGAGGAAAAUGAGCUUAGAUUUGGUAUAUAUUUUAUAUUAAACUAGGAGUUUUUUCCCGUUGUUUACUUCUUAUUUAUAUUAGCUUCACUUGUACAUUAGAAAAUCAAAUCUUGGAAUCUUAAUUUGACCACUUCCCGGUAUUUAAUUAGGAUGAAAUUUUGCACACGCUCUGAGCUCUGAUGACAAUACAUGACUAGCUAAGAAACGUCAUUACAAUUAUGGCGGCCUCCCCAAGAUGGCGGACUGAUUGUUUGAAAUCCACCCCCAUGAUAUGCAUAUCAAUUGAAAGGGUUUGCUGUCAGGAAUACGAAAAAAAUAGUCCCGGAACUUAAAUCCAACAUUUGUAAUUUUUAGCGUGAUUUUUUAGACUUUUUUAAACUAUUUAAAGUUAUUACGGAGCUCUCUAACCGACAAACACAAUUAGAACUAUGAGACAUCGAUAUUAUAGAGUUUUUAUAAUCGCAUUAGAUCCUUGAUCAAGUAAUUUGACAGAAAAGUAACGUCUUGUGAGGCAGUUCCUAUACAAUAAUUGGUCUGAGUUGUAUUAAUGAACAUUUUUACUUUUUUUAGCUGUAGUGAGUCUCUGUAUCAGAGUUCGUUGUAGGAAUUAUUGUCGCUUUUCCUUUUUUUUUUUGGUGCCAUUACAGGCAUAUUAGUUUUCAGUUCAGAGCAUAUUGUAGAACUUGUUACUUGUAUGCUCAGCGAAGGUUUGUCAUCUGCUUGUUCCGUUAAUUAUCAAUGUACUAAACAUAAUAAUCUAGACACCUGUUGAUUAAUAGACCCAUGCAAUGUAUAUAAAAUAUAUAAUAGGGAUGACAGUUUAACACUUUCGCUGCGGCACUGAUUUUUCUGUACUUUCCUCUGGUGCGUUACGAGGUUUUUUGACCUCAUACCAUGGUGUGUACGAGGUCCAUCGACCUCGUAACCCUUGAAGUCCUCGUAACCCUUGAAGUGGCUAGACGUACGGUCAAUUGACCUCGCACCGCAGCGAACGUGUUAAUAUGUGUAUAAGUUAAGGGUAUGUUAGUAGUAAAGUAAUUUUGUAGAUGUAACAAAGUAGUUGCGAUCAUUACUUUCAGAGGUAUAGGGAUUUAAAGGGUCAAUUUUGAAAAACUCACGCAGAAGAGAGUUAUAUCAACUUACGUGUUGUGGACUUCUCUCACUACAUAACCCAUAUUUGGAACUUUCAUAGCUUUAAGCUAAAUUUCAUGACCAUUACAAAUUC